CUGCUCGACAAGACGCGUACUGAAAGGCAGUUUAGGUCGUAAUGGAUGCUGUUUGCUCAGUUGCCAGUGAAGAGAUACUCAUGGAUGAAUGGGAUCUUGAUGUUGUUUUGACUGCUAGUCAAAAAGGUCUCGGCACCCCUCCAGGGUUGAGUAUUCUUAUAGCGAGCAAGAGGGCAAUUCAGAAAUUCGAAUCACGAAAGACACCUGUAACUUCAUAUUAUGCCAGCUGGAAGAAAUGGCUACCAAUCAUGAAAGCGUACGAAAGCGGGAACGCAGCUUACUUCGCAACGCCGCCCGUCAACCUCAUCUACGCGUACCAUGCUUCCCUCAGCCAAAUCACGAAAUCAAAGCCUUCAUUACCUGAACGGUUCAGGCUGCAUAAGGAAGUCAGCCAGCGUAUCAAGGGUGUAGCCGCAGACCUGGGAAUCAAGCAGGUCCCGACGGAUCCUGCAUAUGCCGCCAAUGGAAUGACAGCGCUAUAUUUCCCUGCCGGAGUUAGUGCGGCAGACAGUUAUCGGUCCCUUGAAUCAGAAGGGAAUUGUCGUUGCAGGAGGUCUGCACACGGCAAUCAAAGGUGAUCUUCUGUUAUGUCGCUCAGUGUCUUCAGGCUAAAUGUUCUCUUUCUCUUUAGACAAGUACUUCCGUAUUGGACAUAUGGGAGUUACGGCGGUUGAUCCCGAACGCGGAGAUGUAGAUAAAGUGGUUGCGUCGUUGCAGGAUGUCCUGAAGGCUGCGCUCACGAAAUAGAAAUGAAUCCAGUAACAAACAUGUAGAGUUGUGUAAUUUGCAAGCAAUACCCCUCACCACAUAGCGUCUUACGAUCCGACAGCGGUAUUU